UUCUAUGCCGAAUCUGUAUUUCAUUUCUGGGAGUCUUUCCUCCCUGUUGGAUGUAGCUGUGUUGUUAUAUUUAAUUCAGGAUCCUGCCAUAGUGCAUUAACUAGCGAAGAUCCUCGAGGUGAACCUGCUACCGGAAGUGUGGUUACAGAGUAGAGGGGAGAUGAAGAGAGAGAUCCAUAUCAUCCUUCUCGUUUAUUUUCCAAGUUUAUUUUAUGAAAAUAAAUGUGAUGGUGCAAUGUUAGGUGUGGCAACACCGCAGUGGAGAACUGAUUUCCAAACUGAGAUUGAUCUCACACUAGCUGGUCACCUUUCCCUUUAUUGUGAAUUCCUUAUGGCUGGUGCAGGUGAACUGCUUCAGUCUUCACACUGACACACAGGAACAGUGUACCCAGCAUCGAUCUGAAGUCAAGCCCCCUGCCAGGGAGCAGGAGUCUCAUAUCGUGUGCCUGGGCCUGUUGUGUUAUGAAGGAUGAAGCUGCGGAUACACUUCGUGGUGGACCCCAUGGGCUGGGCCUGCCUCAGCAUGGUGCUGUUCAUCUGGCUCUACAACACCAUCCUCAUCCCCAAGCUGGUGCUGCUGCCACACUAUGCUGAAGGACAUAUACCUGGAGCAGUAGUUGUCUGUUACUACCUGGCAUCACUCUUGUGUGUGACAGCAUUGAUAAGGGCUUCCACAGCAGACCCAGGACGACUCGCUCAAGACCCCAAAAUCCCCCUAGCAGAACGUGAACACUGGGAGUUGUGCAAUAAAUGCAACCUUAUGAGGCCAAAGAGGUCACACCACUGCAGCCGAUGUGGUCACUGUGUGCGCCGCAUGGACCACCACUGUCCCUGGAUUAAUAACUGUGUUGGGGAAGAUAACCACUGGCUCUUUCUUCAGCUGUGUUUCUACACUCAGAUCCUGAGUCUCUACACUCUUGUACUGGACUUCUGCCAGUACUACUACUUUCAGCCUCUAGACAUUGCGGACAAGGAGUUAUUUACGGCGCGUCACGAGUUGGCCCUCUUGCGUGCGUCCUGCUUCAUGGGAUUGAUUAUGUUCGGCGGAAUGGGCAGCCUCUUCCACUCGCAGCUCACAGGAAUCCUUUCUGACACAACCACUAUAGAGAAAAUGUCUCACUCCUUAGAAGGGAUCAGUGCUCAUCGGUCGUGGCAGCAGUCCUUGGCCGAGGUGUUUGGCACGCGCUGGAAGCUCCUGUGGUUCCUGCCGUUCCGAAGCAGACGGCCACUGUACCCGAAUUCCUCCUCCCACUUGAGCGUGUAGCAAAGCAGAAGCUGGUGUUGAGGACAUGAACCUUCUACUGUACACUAAUUUCUCUUCUCCAGUCUGUCGCUUCACUGUGGCCUAGUACUUCCGAGGUACCAACACUGCAGUCUUCUUCAGGUUUUGCUUUGUUAAUGAACUUGACCACACUGGAUACGAUUUCUUUUAUUCCACAGCCAAGAUCUUGUCCCAGAGUGUGUGCUGUUAUUAUUCUUUUUUUUUUUUUUUUUUGUUGCAUGUCUAUUAUGUUUUGUUUCGAAAGCUUUGUAAACGACUUUGUAUUUACGAUGUUAGGGACCAUCAGGGUACAACUAAAUUAAAGGGGUUUGUCGUUUCCAGGGUAACACUCAGUGACUCAGUGAUUGGCAGGGUGCAGCUUAGUCUGAGAGGUUUUAUCUCUGGAUUAUUGGGGUGGGUGGCUGAUGGCUCUAGAGGUGAGCCAUGACCUCUGGCAAGAGCUGAAGACAACCUCAACACAAACUCUGCUCACAAACGCUUAGCCAAGCAUCAUGUACCACAACACUAGAUCCUCAACUUGAAUACUGAUCAGGUUUUGUGCAACGAUGCAUUCCGUUCAAUCACAGUUUUGCCUCUUGCUUAUUUUAUUACAUGAUUUGUGCCUUUUACAAUAAUAAUUUCAUACGUAUAUUCUGCCAACGAUUUAAAAUGCGUACGUACGUAAGCCGCAUGCGAAUUAAUUAUCCUAAUCAUUUUUAAACAAUGUUAAGCUUAUAAGGUUUUUUUCAUAUGACCCAAGCUGACCAAAAAUAGACUAAUCUUUAUUAUUAAUACUAAAAUUCUUUAAAAAAAACACUAGUGAUAAUAUUGAUAAAUAUACACGAUUCACCUAAGAUUUUAAGAUGGGAAUGUUUGUACUAGAAUGAUUUGUGUGUUUUGUAGUGUCAUAUGUCAAGUGCCUCCUUGGAUGUUUUUUAUUUCACUGAGUCUCCAUUAUUUGUUUUGUUUCGUCAGGAAAGGUUGGGAUGGAAAAUAUGUACACUUUUAUUAUUUUGUGUAAUCAAAUGCAAUCAAGUCCAAAUUUAUUGGCAACCUUCAAAAAAAAAUGGGCAAACAGAAAUAUAUAUAAAAUGGGCAAAAAAAUCUUAGAUGUACACUCCUGGAAAAAUGACUUUUCUCCAAGGGCAUUCACAUAUGCAUUCGCAUGCAUGUAAAGAAUAUCCAAAAUAAAUGCAAACAAGGUAGCUAUUUCCUGUUUCCCUGGAAAAUAAAAUAAUUAGGGAAAUCGAGGAACUUUUAACACAUGGACACAUCAUGCUGUUAGGUAUUAUAUAUGGAUUAUUGCAGAUCAUUAUAAUCCAGGCCAACAGUAAUUUGAGUAAAUGUUCCAAACCCUACAGCAUGUAUGAUUAGAAAAAUAGGCGUUUGAUUUUGUAUUUUGGGGUUAAUAGAUCAGGGGGCGCUCUGAGGAUUAAUAGCAUUAUGCAUUCCAGAAAGUUCAGAAGUUGGCUGGCAAAAUAUCUUUCAAAUACCUAAUGAAAAAUAUAUAACAAAAUCAACACGUAAAACAAUCAUAUCAAUUGAAUAGUACGUCUGCUUUUGCCAGUGUACAAAUAAUUUACGAGUUUGAAAUGUCCAGCAUCCUUCUACAUGUGUCUCUAACCUAGACACGUUACAGGAGAUCUCUACAGGGGAGAUUCACCAUAUGUUCAUUUUAGAGGUGAUAUUAUUCUGCAUAAUGGGUGCCAAUAUUUAUGGAGUUGAUUGGAUGAAUUAAAAUGGGCCUUUAAAAAUUUAGCCAAUCCACUAUAAUAUCUCUUGUUUUUCAGCACUAGUUUCAUUUGCCUUGAAUAUGGUCUGUUUGGGUAAUUGUUUGGUGCAGAAUGUGAUUUAUUUUGUAUUUUUUGGGAGUUUUACUAUAAUCUGAUUAUUCUGAUUGAUUAUUGCAAAAUUGAUGUCAUUAUAUAUGGUCUGUUCGAAAGCACUCCAUUAUAAGAUGUUCUCACUUUUUAAUGUCUUUUUUUUUUUUUUAAUACCUUAUGUCAGAUUGAAUGUCUUAUUUUAUUUGAAUAUCAUUGAAAAACAUAAAGCACAGUCUUGAUGAUAAUCAGAACUAAAAUGCGCAUACAUCCAUAUCUACACGUGUUUAAAAUAGACCAACAACUCGGCUAUCUCCAGAACAGUACAGCAUGACACUUUAAACAGCCGGUCUGAGAGACUCGAAAUGGGGAGUCAGGUCGCAUACUGUAUAUUUACUGCAAUAUUCCAGUGGAUUAUGAAAAGCCAGAUCUACAGUCCCCAAGGUUACAAUUGAGAAUUGCAGUUCUACCGCGCUUAUUGUACGUCUCUCGAUGUCUUGUGUGGGGAUUUUGACUCGUUUAUUUUGUUUACAUAGAAUUUUUUUUUUUUAUGUAUAUGCAGAAAUAAGGGAUUACUAAAUUAUUUAGUAAGAUUGA